AAAAGUGCCACGUUUUGCGCGUACUGUGACGGCAGCCUAUGAGUGUAGCACUUCAUGGUCUCUUCUCUGUUCAGCUUCCUGUCCGCGGAGAGGAGACCUGUUCAUUUCCGAGACAGAUUUGACCCACAGACCUGUUCUCUACUUUUCACAGCCCCUGCAGAGGACAGUCACUGCACUCAUGGCUGCGAUUUUGCGCUCAAUAGUUCAGAGGCCCCCAGGAAAACUACAUACUCUGACAAAAGGUGUGGAGUCUCUUGUUUGUACAGAUUGGAUUCGUCAUAAAUUUACCAAGUCAAGAAUUCCAGAUAAAGUGUUUCAGCCUUCACCUGAAGAUCAUGAAAAAUAUGGUGGGGAUCCACAGCACCCUCAUAAACUCCAUAUUGUUACCAGAAUAAAAAGUAUAAAAAGACGUCCGUAUUGGGAAAAAGAUGUAAUAAAGAUGCUUGGAUUAGAAAAAGCUCAUACUCCUCAAGUUCACAAGAACAUCCCUUCAGUGAAUGCAAAACUGAAAGUGGUUAAACAUUUGAUAAGAAUCAGGCCCCUGAGGUUGCCACAAGGACUUCCAAAAGAGGAGGACAUGGCUCACACCUGCCUCAAGAGCACUGGAGAGUUAGUGCUGCAGUGGCGUUUAAGCCCCAUGGACCAGGAAGCAAUAAGUCCUAAUGCCAGAGCUGUUUCAGAUUAAAAAGUGCAAAUCAUUUUUAUUUAACGGUGUUGAGAAAGUGCUCUCAUUAAAAUAUAUUUUAAAUGCUAGUUGUUUUUACUAAGUAUGGCGUGGUUCUUUCUUACUAUAGGCUUGAAGGUUAUAGUGCUGUUUGGUUUAGUACUCUCCCCUUUGCCCCUGAUAGUGAGAAUGGCAUUGUUUGAACAUCUAGGUUCAUAUAUCACCUUAGCAAUUAUCAUUAACAUGGGGGAAAACAUUUGUCUUGUUUAACUGAAUUCAACAAAUUCUGAGUGUCUUUUUGAGUGAGCAUUUAGUUAGGUAUUGGAGAAAUCCAGAGCUGCCCUUCAGGAGCUUACAGCCUCUUCUGCCACAGAACAGAGUUUCAGCCAAAGUCAUUAAACCUUGGAUGCAG